AUGCCUCGUUUGGCUAUUGAAGACGAGGAGGCUUUGCUGGCUCAGAAAGCUGCGGCAGUGAAGAGUUUCGCCGCUAAAUGCCAACGCGACAUCGAAUCCAGCACGACCAAGAUCGAGCUGCACCACCGGCAAAUGCAAGCCACGUAUCUCAAGGAGUUGCAGCGCAAAUACGACUCGAAGAAGCACAUGACGCUCAUGACGUUGCGUGAGAGAUACGAGGGCGAAACCAAGGCGCUUGUGCGCGCGAAGAUGGAAGAGUACGAGUUCGAGCAAGCCGCGGCAUUGCAGAGCAGUCAUAACGCUGCUAUGGAGGAGAGUCUCUCGCAACUGGAGCUGCAGCUGACAAGCGAAACAGAGCGUGGGAAGCGUGAGUUUGAGAGACAAUUGCAAGAAGAACUCAGUUUGAGGUUGAAGCAGAUGCAAAACGACUCUCGUGAGGCUCUCGCGAGUUGGGAGGUUGAGCAGCGGCAAAAACUGGAACAGGAACUGUUUGAUCACAGAGAAGCAGCCGUCGCGUCGGUAUUAAAGGCGCAGGAAGAGCGGACUGCGGAGCUUAAACGAGAGAUUCAGUCGUCGCACUCCGAGAGAGAAGAAGAAGAGUUGCAGAAGUUGAAGAAGGCGCUCGCAUUUGGUGCCCAAGCGCAGCUGCAACAACUCCGCAAGCGACUGGAGAUGGAGCACGAAGAAAAAGUCAAUGACAUUAAGACCGAAGCUUCGUUGUCACUUGAAAAGGAGACGGAAGAGUUGAAGAAAAUGCUCACGAGAUCACACAGUGAGCAGCAGCAACAAAUGCAGCGCGAUUUAGAGAAGAAGAACCGCGUGGCGAUCAUGGAGUUACACGACAGUAUGCAAGUCUCUCAUCAAGAAUGCCUCCAAGCACUGAAAGAUGCAGCAGAACGACACCGAAUCGAAGCAUUAGAAGCACAUCGUCAGGACUUUGAGCUUGAAUGCCGCCAAGAGCUCCAGGUUCUGCAACAAACGCUUGAUCAGGAGAUGACGACCAAGCUGCGUCAAUUGGAGAUGGACCACGCGGAAGAGUGCGAGCUCAAGUUAGAGCAGCUGAGGAUGAGGGCGGUUAACCAGCAUGCUCGAGAGCUCGAAGCGAAGCGGUCGCGCAUGAUCCAGUGCAAGAACGUGCUUCUCGCCGAAGCGACUGCGUUCUUGACGUUUGAUAACAAUCUCUCCGACUCGAGCGUCGAGAAUCGAGCGUUAAACCCGGAAGACAACUCAGCCGCGUCUCACUUGUUUGAGCUAAAGAAGCACCUAUCCAAGGAGUUGGCGCAGUAUGUUGACGUGAUGGUUGCCGAGUUCGACGAGCUCGCCGAGGAGCAGCGCAUCCUGGUCGCCAAGAUCACGGAAUCAACGCAGCUCUACUUGUCCUUUAAACGCCAAUGCGGUGUGCUGGAGGCGCAGUCGGUAGAGCUCACAAAUGGCUUGGAAACGCUACACGACCAGCUCCAGCAAAAGGAUGCGGUCUGCAAGAAGCUCUACCAGGCCAAUGAGGCGCUACUGAAGCGACUGCAAACACCGGCACUUCAGACAUCGAUGGGCAGUAGCAAGAGUGAUCCACCAUCACCUCCAGCCAAGUUUUCGCCAGUAUUGAGGGAAACCCCGCGGAGCACAUCAUCCUGGAAAAGUACCUCAGCUUGGAAAUGA